CACUCAGAAAUGUAAUUGCUUCACUUGCCAAACUGAAACAGAUUCACUACUGAGUUUGGAAAAUGAGACAACCUGAUGGCGAAGCUGCCUCCUUCACCUGGGACAGCCGGGGAGUCAGCAGCAUUGAAGGCCACGGAGGAGGGAGGAGAUGUUGAUCCCCAGGUUGCCCUUCCUACUUUCCUGCUCAGCUCUCUUCCAGGGUUUCCAUGGCUGGUGUCCAGCUUCACAGGAGGCGGAGAUCAAGACUGCAACGCACCAGGCAGGAGGAGGGUACAGGUUCCUAAGAGUGAAGCCCUGGAGGUCACCAAAUUUGCUAUUGAUGUUGGGUUCCGCCAUAUUGACUGUGCUCAUUUGUACCAAAAUGAAGAGCAGGUUGGACAGGCCAUUCGCAGCAAGAUUGCAGAUGGCACUGUGAAGAGAGAAGACAUAUUCUACACUUCAAAGCUUUGGUCCACUUUCCUUCGACCAGAGUUCGUUCAACCAGCCUUGGAAAAGUCACUGAAAAAUCUUCAACUCGAUUAUGUUGAUCUCUAUAUUAUUCAUUUUCCAGCGGCUCUGAAGCCAGGGGAGGAACUUUUUCCCAAAGAUGAAAAUGGAAAAAUGAUAUUUGACACAGUGGAUCUCUGUCGCACUUGGGAGGCCCUGGAGAAGUGUAAGGAUGCAGGACUAGCCAAGUCCAUCGGGGUGUCCAACUUUAACCGCAAACAGCUGGAGAAGAUCCUGAACAAGCCUGGGCUCAAGUACAAGCCCGUCUGCAACCAGGUGGAAUGUCAUCCUUAUCUCAAUCAGAGCAAACUGUUGGACUUCUGCAAGUCAAAUGAUAUUGUUCUUGUUGCCUAUGGUGCUCUGGGAUCCCAACGAUUAAAAGAUUGGGUGAAUCCGAGCUACCCAGUUCUCUUGGAGGACCCAGUUCUUUGUGCCAUUGCAAAAAAGCACAAGCAAACCCCAGCACUGAUUGCCCUUCGCUACCAGAUGCAACGUGGGGUUGUGGUCCUGGCCAAGAGUUACAAUAAGAAGCGGAUCAAAGAGAACAUGCAGGUUCUCGAUUUUGAAUUAACUCCAGAAGACAUGAAAGCAAUUGAUGGUCUCAACAGUAAUGUACGAUAUUAUGAUUUACUCUUCAUUUCUGAUCACCCUGACUAUCCAUAUUCUGAAGAAUAUUGAUUAUGAGUGAUCCACCAUGGUUGUAUCAGAAUUUAUUGAUUCUAGGGGUGUGGAGAGAAUUGCUAUAAUCAUUGGAGCUAAUUAAAAUCUGUGUCUCUAGUUUAAA